UUGUCCUCCAUUAUCGGUCAAACCUUCCUUGCCAGUUACCAAAACCUUCAUACUAUGACCGCAACUACCGACCAGUGGAUGAUGCAGUUCUAUCACCAAAGCCCCGAUGAUGAUACUAAUAAUCUUCUUCAGGUUUCGGCCAUGGUAGGAUUGAUCUCUGAUGCUAACACCGUCGCAAUGAGGACAUCGAAAACCUCACCGUCUAGCCCUAGUUCCACAAGCCCAAAGGACGUUAACAAUGGUUCCAGACCGAUACGAGGAAGGUCUAGUGCUUCAAAGAGAACCCCAAUCACACUACUCAACGCCAACACGACCAACUUUAGGGAACUGGUACAGCAGGUCACAGGGUGCCCUAGUAGUACGGCCAUGUCGUUUGAGGUCUACAAGGGACCUAUCACCUUAAAUUUCCAACAAGGAAGACGACAAGUCGUUCAUCAUAACACAUCAAGGAAGGUCACGACGACGGCGCCGUUUGGAAACACAGGUUUCAGUACUGAUGUUCAACAUCAUCAUCUUCAGUAUCAGCAGCAGCAGCAGCUAGCAGAUCAGCAACAAUGGAGGCUGCAGCAAGACCAGCAGCAGCAGCAGCAAAGUGAUGAUGAUAAUUUAUUUGAGUACAACAGCAGUACUGACUUGUUUUCGCGUUCAAUUAACUCGUUGAAGCCUAGCAUGGAGAUAUCUCAUGGGUUGAUCGUGGAUCAUAACUAUAGUUUGCAUGAGUACAUGACCAUGAAUAAUGAUUUCUUCUCCAAUAAUAAUGUUAUUCAGAAUGGUAGUUAUUUAAUGUGAUGCGGCAAGUUAAUUAGGUCUUUUGUAAGAUUUCCGAAUAAUUAUGUAGAUCUGUCUCCUCUUCGUUUAUGUGAGAAUAAUCAAGAUAGAUAGGCCGCCAUGUCAUUACCAAGGAAAAACUCAUCAAGAUGCACCUGUUCAGUUUGUUUUUCCGAUUCAAUUUCUUUCUUUGGUUCUA